AUGGCAGUCCGAUUCUUUACUACGCCCAAACCCUUAGGGGAGACUCUGGCUGAGAACGAGAACUCGAGAAACCCCAAAUCUCCAAACGGGAUUUCUGAGAACAAGGAAAUGUCCCAAAGCGCCAUGGCCGCAGCCGAUCCUACCAACUCCACCCCCAAGUCCCACCCUCCGGAAAAGGUCCAAAAUGGCAUAACCUUCGCAAACCAAGACUCCCUCCCCAAACUCCCGAUCCCAGAUCUUGAGAGCACCUGCAAUCGCUACCUGGAGUGUUUGGCUCCUUUACAGUCUGCCAGGGAGCAGGAGGAGACAAAGGCCGCUGUAAAUGAGUUUCUUAAGACGGACGGCCCGGAAUUGCAAAAUAAGCUGAAGAACUACGCUACUUCGAAGUCGAGUUAUAUCGAGCAGUUUUCUGUUGUUCUCAAUCUUAAUCCGUUUUUCCUCUUAGAGGAUGAUCCCACUCCUUCCAGGAACAACCAAGUUACUCGCGCAGCGUCCUUAGUAGUGUCCGCAUUAUCAUUCGUUCGGGCUGUUCGAAGAGAGGAGCUUGCUCCGGACACAGUUCGUGGGAAACCGCUUUGCAUGUUUCAAUAUUCGAGAUUGUUUGGUACAGCAAGAGUGCCAACCGAGAACGGGUGCAUCAUUGGUCAAGAUUCGGCUGCUAAGCAUAUGGUGGUUCUUUGUCGGGGUCAGUUUUACUGGUUCGACGUUCUUGACGACAAUAACGACCUGCUUAUGAGCGAAAGGGAUAUAUCGCUCAAUCUUCAAGUAAUUAUCGAAGAUGCAGAGCAGACACCAAUUCAGGAGGCCGCUAAAGGGGCACUUGGUGUGCUCAGUACGGAGAACCGGAAAGUCUGGUCGGGUUUGAGAGAUAUCUUGACCAAAGAUCGGAAGUCUAACAACGCUGAGUGUCUGAAUAUCGUCGAUACCGCGCUAUUUGUUUUGUGCUUGGAUUCUACGGAGCCGUCUAAUACAGCUGAGCUUUGCGCCAAUAUGCUUUGCGGGACCAAUGAAGUGGUCAGGGGUGUACAGAUUGGAACGUGCACGAACCGAUGGUAUGACAAGCUUCAAAUCAUUGUCUGCAAGAACGGCAGUGCCGGUAUCAACUUUGAGCAUACUGGCGUAGACGGCCAUACUGUACUUCGAUUCGCUAGUGAUGUUUACACGGACACGAUCCUUCGGUUUGCCAGGACCAUUAACGGCCAGGCGCCUAGCUUGUGGGCAACCACCAGCCCUCCCCCAUCAAAACGGAGUCCUGAGAGUUUUGCAUCGAAUGUGAGCACAACCCCACACAAACUUGAGUGGGACAUGGGUCCAGAACUCAGCAUUGCCCUUCGAUUUGCCGAAUCGCACCUCGCGGAUUUGUUACAUCAGCAUGAAUUCCAAGUCCUCGAUUUUAAAGGCUACGGAAAGAACUUCAUCACAUCGAUGAGCAUCUCGCCUGAUGCAUUUGUUCAAAUGGCUUUCCAAGCCGCUUACUAUGGUCUCUACGGCCGGGUAGAGAAUACCUACGAACCAGCGAUGACUAAGUUCUUCCUCCACGGGCGCACGGAGGCCGUCAGAACCGUCUCCCACGAAUCUGUGGAGUUCGUGCGAACAUUCUGGGACGAGCGUCCCGCAGCGGAAAAGGUAGCAGCUCUCCGAAAAGCCACAGAAAAACACACCGCAACUACCAAGACCUGUUCGCAAGGCAAAGGCCAAGACCGGCAUCUCUACGCCCUCUACUGUCUUUGGCAGCGCUCUUUCGAUGAUGGACUUGGGAUAAUCAGCAGCGGGCCUCCAAGCACAAACGGUUACUCGAGCCCCGCCGAGAACGGUUCAUCCAUUGAUUCCUCCCCAGCCCCAGCGCACGGUUCUACCGCCGUCUCCCGCCCUUCCUCGCCCUCCGACGACGGCAUAUCUUCUAGCUACUCCACUAGCAGCUCACGCAACAUCCGCCUUCAACAUCUCGCCCACACCCCAGCUCUCUUCAAUGACGCUGGCUGGGAUAAAAUCAAUACCACAAUCCUUUCGACCUCAAACUGCGGCAAUCCGUCAUUGCGCCACUUUGGCUUCGGUCCCACCUCUGGCGACGGCUUCGGCAUCGGCUACAUCAUAAAGGAUGACUCAAUCUCCAUCUGCGCGUCGUCCAAGCAUCGACAGACAACCCGCUUCAUCCAGUCGCUCGAGGCGUAUCUGUAUGAGAUUCGCAAGCUGCUGCGCGCGACGCAGCGCAAACCCGUGGGGCCGAGUAGUGUGCGCGAGAGGCAGAUGGAUGCAGAGUCUCCCACUGCGCCGGUUGUGGUGGCACCUGGAGAACGCGUGAAGGGGAGGGGGCGGCUGGUGAGGGUUGAUCCGCAGCUUGUGGGCGGGGCGGGGACGGUUGAGACCCCGACGACGGAUAGUGGCGAUGUAGAAGACGAUGGGAUGGGUGGAUAUGGAUUCUUCGAUGCGGGGAUGUUGCUGCAUGCGCUGAAGGGUUUGCAGGCGGAUCGAGAUCGGGAUAAGCCUCCGAAGCGUAAGUUGGUUGGGAAAGUGUUGAAAUUGAAUGAGUAUUGAAUGAUUGUUUGGUUAUGAGUGUUUGAUGUUUCUUCUACAUAUACCUAUACCUAUAUACAGAUUUAUUUUUACGGCCUUUUGUUAUUUAUUUUUAUUUUUAUUUUUUUUUUUGGCUUGCUUGACACCAUGUAUGACAAUGCGGGUACCCACGGGUUUCGUAUAGCUGUUUUUGCAUUUGGAUUAGUUAUAUCCCUUUAUUGCUAUUUGCUGUAUAGCUAUUGUACCAGUUGCCUUACGCUAGGAUUAGAAUACCUCUAUGUUUCAAUCGUUUUGAAACUUGUGGUUUGAGUGUGAUGGUGAUGAUAAUAAUGACAAUGAUGCUUAUUGCAACCGAUUUACCUAUGCG